GACCCACGCCUAUAUAAGGCGUUGGGGGGCGCUGCAGCGGCAUUUCGUAGUAACAAGUACAAACUUUGAAUCGAAGCGUCAAAAAUUUUAAUCGGCGGUUAUAGCGAGAAUGUCGAGCGUUGAGGACGAUAAGAAGCCGGCAGAUGCGGCGGCACACAUUAAUCUGAAAGUGAAAGGACAGGAUGGGAAUGAAGUGCAUUUCAGGAUCAAGAAAAGCACACAAUUGAAGAAGCUCAUGAAUGCCUACUGUGACCGACAGUCUGUGGAUUAUAACUCCAUUGCCUUUCUGUUUGAUGGUCGUCGCCUCCGAGGGGAGCAGACCCCAGAAGAGCUGGAGAUGGAAGAAGGAGACGAGAUUGAUGCAAUGCUGCACCAGACUGGGGGUGUAGCGACUCGUUAUUAGCAAGAAUGUAGAUCCUCCUAGUCAUGUCCUUAUUGAGUCGUUGGUAUCCUACCCUAUCCCAUCUUAUCCUAUCCUGAUUGACUUCCAGUGGUAUUGUUUGUGUUUGUAUCAACAGAGUCUUUUCUAGCACACUGGUAUUCUUGAUGCCUAACUAAACUUAGCAUGAAUCGGUUUUCUAUGACAUGAUAAUAUGUUGUGUGGUGGUUUA